GAAAACGAAAACAUAUAUUCUACACUGCUACGAGUGCAAAUAGAUAACAGCAGAAGAAUGAAAAAUCAGUUGUUCCAGGCUUCCAGCCCCUGGUUUGAGGAAGAAAUCAGUGGCGGGCUGAAACUUUACAUCUCCAACUGAUUCCCUAACACUUCUCAAUUAUCACAAGUUUCUGGAUUUUUAGAUUUCUGUUGUGAAGGUCAAUGUUGCACGCUAUAUCUGCGCCCAAAACUUGUACUAAUAUAUCUUAUCCAAGAAGACCCUGCUUUCAUCUGCGGCAUUUAGCUCCAACAAGGCUUCGUGUUUCGGCUUCAUUGCCAGAAUCCAAUGGGGUUAAAGUGGAGUAUACCCCAUGGCUUAUUGUUGGGUUGGGAAACCCCGGAAAUAAAUAUCACGGGACACGCCACAAUGUUGGGUUUGAAAUGAUAGAUUGCAUAUCCCAAGCAGAAGGCAUUGUGAUGAACACUAUACAGUCAAAGGCAUUGGUGGGAAUAGGUUCUAUUGGAGAAGUUCCGGUCUUGCUGGCCAAACCUCAGGCGUACAUGAACUAUAGUGGUGAAUCAGUUGGACCACUUGCUGCAUACUACAGAGUACCUUUGCGCCACAUCCUACUGGUCUAUGACGAGAUGAGCUUACCAAAUGGUGUUUUACGGCUUCAACCCAAAGGAGGUCAUGGUCAUCACAAUGGGGUGAAGAGCGUAAUGGAGCAUUUGGACGGCCGUCGCGAAUUUCCACGGUUUUACAUUGGCAUUGGAAAUCCACCUGGUACCAUGGACAUGAAGGCUUUUCUACUUCAGAAGUUCAGUACAGUGGAGCGAGAACAGAUAGACGCAGCGCUGGAACAGGGUGUUGAAGCUGUUAGAGCCCUGAUCCAGGAAGGAUUCAACAGUAGAAUUACAAGAUUUAAUCUUGGGCAGAAAUACAAAUAUCAUAAAGUAUAACAUAAUUGAAGCCAACAAAUUUUGUAUAGAGAUGUCAUCUAGCAGAAUAUAUUGUAGGAAAAGCUGUCAAUUGAGACUGGACUCUAUUUGGAAUCAGCUCCAAAAGUAACUUUAUACAUGCCGGCUGAUGUCUCAAGUAGAUGGAUUUCAAUAGCUUUGUUUCUUAGUAGCAUCUCUCUCUCUGGUUCUUUUGUCUUGUAAACCUUGUCCGCUAUUUUCCUUUGAGGUCUGUAACGAAGACAUAAACAUUCAUCCAACUGGCACCCUUUCAAGAUACAAGACACUUUGCCGAAA